CUCCUUUCAUCCUCUCCUGAACCCCUCACUGUUGAUCGAUCGCUGCUGCUCAUCCAGGAAACGCCGGAAACAUUCAAUGUUUGGCUAUGCUAUUCCACCUCCUUGCAUAACUCAGCCUCUUGUCAACAAGCCCCCUCUUUGGGCCGUUAUCAUCUUCAAAGUUGUUGGAAGAUAGCCGCUGCCGCUUAUCAACAGCCAGUGCUCCUGUUUCGUUGCUGUUGGCCCUACUAUCGCAGUUGGUUGCUUUGGGGGAGCACGCGCGAUAAGGAUCGACCGCCGCCACGACCCCAGUCGAUCCAAACCAUUUAGCCCAGCCGCCCAGUUGGUUCGUUGCAAACGCCCUGCCCCCUUCCUUCCCUCUUUCAACAACCCCCAGAAUCAGAAUGACGAGCCGAGUGUUCUCUCUAUGACUGCUUGCUCGCUUCUCUUGUUGUCUUCAAUCUCCAUCUCUGACACUGUCUUCCUGGUUGCAGAUAUAGGUGUCCGGCUGGAGAGAUAACUUGCCAACGCAGACCCAUACGCCUGACUCCAGCCCGUGGCUUUGGCUGUACCGCCGGCUUCAAUCCCUCUCCCCACACACCAGUCGUUGAUAAACAGCACCCAAGGUCGAUUGUUGUUCACAGUACGUCGAGAACGACAGAAUUUUGUUGACCGAAAUGGCGACAAUUGCCCUUCCGAGGCCGAUUCCCCCGCAUCGUCCAACCUCCACGGUGGGCGCCGUUCCCUCCAUAUCACUGGAGCCCAUUGGCGCCGCCCAAGUCUCCGUACCGAACAAGCAUCUCCCAGUCUGCCCCCCGGGGCCCGUUCCUGCAGAGGAGCCCAACACUCCGCCGCCUUCUCCUCCCCGCGAUGACGAACAGAUCCAGCAGUCUUCGCUGUUGUACCCUCCCUCAAAGUUCUCCAAGUACGAGUCUGGCUCCGUGGCCGUUUACACAAUCUGCCCCGCCGACGUGGCCGCUGCCGUCGAUUACAUCUCCCGCCAGCCGUUACCGGAUCCAAACCAAGUCUUCCCUUGGUUCCAUGGGCUCCACCCCCACAACCAUAUCCAGCAAGCUUUCUUCAUUGCCCGCCACCGUUCCCUCCGCAAGACACCCACAUGUGUUCGAGGAGUCACGCUCGUCAAAGCCGAUGGUGACUUGAGUGUUGCCCGUCUCAAGGGUGCCAUUGCCCCGCAAGAGUUUAUCCAUCUGACUGCCGCCCCCGAUUUCCUCGACGUUGACCCCCGCGAUGGCUUCUGUGUGAGGAACUUCCAGAUCCAGGCUGCUAAAGCCGCCAUGCUUUCGGACAUUGUUGUAUAUGGAGAGGACGAUGCUGCCGUUCGCAAACUCGGUCUCGAUAUCGCCACCGCACAGCUUCGCUGGCGACAACGUCACGAGACACAGGGCCACACCAUCCCGGAGUACAAUACAUUCUUGUGUGCCGCCCCAUUCAAAGACUUCGAGAACGAUCACAAGGAAAUCGUUGCCAUUGACACCCAGGGUCGACUGACUGGCAAUGUUCUCGACUUCUUCCAGCAGGAGCGCAAGGAAAUGUACAAUAUGACCAAGGCUUCGGAAAUAUCCCACAAUGUCUGGUUGGGCCCAACACCAGACCCUACAUCCGGCGAGGAGGACCACUUCGACGUCCUGAUCGAAUGCAGUGAUGUUGGCCGGCUGAAUCCUUCGGCCCUGCGCACCCUGGCGGAGUCUCGAGUCGAGCCUACCCAACGACCUUAUAUUGAUUUCCCCUCGUCUGGGAGUAUCCUGCCGCCAACAUGGUCACAGGCCGAAGCCGACGGCAUCCUGGAAACCUGCAAGUGGAUUUACCACUUGGCCCACGGUACGCUUCCGGCCAUGGACAAGUCCGGCACCGAUGUGGACGGCGAUACCGACAUGACCGAUCAGGGCGAGCCAGCUCCCGUGAGCCCGCGACCCAGGAAGAUCCUCAUCCACUGCGCCGAUGGGUACACUGAGUCCACCAUGCUAGCAAUCGCCUAUUUCAGCUACAGCACUGGUCAAGGCAUUGCCGACGCCUGGUUGCACCUACACACCAGCAAGAAGCGUAACUUCUUCGCCUACCCCACCGAUGUAGCCCUUCUCACGUGCAUCGAGGCACGGCUACUUCACGAGUCGCCUCUCCACUCGGGAAAGAGUCUCCGUGACAUCACGGCCUUGAUCAAGGAGCCGCCAUGGCUUCCCGGUCUAGAUGGCUCGUUACCCAGUCGAGUUCUCGAUUACAUGUACCUUGGCAAUCUUGGUCAUGCAAACAACCCCGACCUUCUGAGGGCCCUGGGAAUCGGUCAGAUCCUAAGCGUGGGCGAAACCUCAAUGUGGAGGGAAGGGGAGUUGGAAGAAUGGGGCACAGAAAAUGUCUGCGUUGUUCAAGGAGUCCAAGACAACGGCAUCGACCCCUUGACAGACGACUUUGAGAGAUGUCUCGACUUCAUUGAUCGUGGCCGGCGUAACGGAACAGCCACAUUAGUGCACUGCAGAGUCGGCGUGUCAAGAAGCGCAACCAUUUGCAUCGCCGAAGUGAUGCGGUCACGGGGUCUUUCGUUUCCUCGGGCCUACUGUUUCGUCCGAGCCCGCAGGCUCAACGUUAUAAUCCAACCUCAUCUGCGCUUUGCUUACGAACUUCUCAAAUGGGAAGAGCUCAACCAAGUGCAGAAGAAUGGUUCAACAGGCGUCAAGCGCGAGCUGGAAUGGGGCGAAAUCGCCCGAGAGAUCGCCCUCAUGAAUCGUCCGUACGCCAGAUGAUGACAGCAGAUGGACAACAACACAGGACCAUGUUUUGUCAUUCUGGUCCGCCUUGACUAUCUUUUACCAUUUACUCAUCCACGUAGAUCGUGGUGAUGCCGGCUGUUGGUACCUGUGGUGUCUGUGACGCGUCACCAUCGUGGCCCGGUGGACUGAUGACCUGGGUUGGAAAACCACCUUGGCGGACGGUCGCUCCUGUUUGUAUUCUGGAGGAAUGAAUCUCACACAAGGCGUGGCUUGCUCGGAACUUACGACUCGAUGGAACGGCGCUACCGAAUCGUCCCUCUCCCUCGUUGGGUUGGUGAUUUAGGGGUCCUGGACAGGCGCAUUGUGUCACAUUUGGUUUCCUUUUCCCCCCUCUCGUUUCCAUCUUCUUUACUGUUAUUUUGGAGGGACUUGGAAAGUUCCAGGUUCCCGCCGCUCAUGUUGCACAAUCGUUCAAGUCAAGGGUUCAAAAGGGCGAAGCCACGUGGUUGCUGGCAAUGACUGAUGACGAUACCAAUACUCUUGGUGGUGAGAGACGAUAAGGAGGCCCUUGGGUAGACGAUGCUGAAUACCGGAGCGGAUUCUGAUAAUACAUAUACGACGGCCACGAGUAAUCCAUUCUUACUUGCCGGUGUUUACUGCGUUGCCCAAUGACUUGUUUUCUGACUGAUGCUCCUGGCGGCAUCAUUGAAACCCCUGCGUAUCAAGUGACUACUUGAUUCCGUCCAUUCGUUGGAACUGCACCGAACGAAUUUUCGUGGAUCUGAUCAGAUUAUGAGCUGAGCAUUGAUGAGUAGCUCCGAAUUACGUGUUGUGGCUGUAACCCCCCCCCCCCCUCUUUCAAUAACAAACCAAACCAUUU